AUGAGUCAAUCGGUUAGUUAGACAAUUAGAAACAUUAUCUUAUAAUUAGUAACAAUGAUAAUAAAAAUUCCAGAUUGGUGAAACUAUUCGAGAAUUUCUGAAUACAUGUUUCAGCCCAUUAAGAAACUUUCUAUCAAAUUGCAUCGAGACUCCAAGACCCGAAAUACCGCGGCCUGCUGUUACGAGAGUGCCAGCAAGCGAGAUUCCAGCUGUGAAAAACGAAAACAACAUUGUAGAAACACUUGAUGUAUUGAAACUGAAUUCAACAGAACUACCUCAGCAUUUUGAUCAAGUUCAGGAAGAACAUCGCAAAACCAUCGCUGGGAAAGAAGCAACAAGCGGUAAGAAAUAGUUAAUGGAUGAAUUAACCAGAAGAAAACCAAGUAAAAACAUUAUUAAUCAGUUUUAUCUAAUCAUCAAUUCAUUCAUUUCAAAUUAUCUUGAAGAACAAAUUAUUACUGUAAAAAUUUGUGUAUAUUCAAUCGUUGAAAAUUAAUGUUUUUUCUGUCUCUUUUGCACCAAAAGAUAAUUGUUAAAAAAUUUCCCACUUAUUUCCCACUCUCAAAAUUUCCCACUCAUUUCAUUUCGAAUUUAUCACAUUGAGCAAACAUGUUUAUUUCGGAUAAUCCCUAAAACAAAUUUCCUCUCUGGAAAAGCGUCAAAAAACCACAUUUUCUAGUUUUUGGCAAUGUUCCAAGUUAUUUUUGAAUUUGUGCGAAAAUUGUUGGCCCGUAGCUAAUAUGUUGCCUCCAUUGACACUCGACCAUUUUAUCGGCGUUUGGCACGCUUCCAAGUUUUGUAGCGCGCAAACUCAACACAAGAAGAACGUUGGCGGUUUGCCAGCUAUUGGCGUGCAGCCAACGGCAAACUCUAGCUGUCUGUGUCUCUCAAAUGAUUCAAAAUAAAAUAUUGGAGCGGUGACAAAGUAGUUUCGAAAUAUUUUUGGAAUUGGGCCAAGAUUCUUUGGUACUUAGCCAACGGUGUUAUUGAAAGUUUGCCAAUUUUUCGGCAUUUGGCACACUUCCAAGUUUUGUAUCGCGCUCUCUCAACACAAAAAGACAUUGGCGGUUUGCCAGAUGAUGGCUUAUUGCCAACGGAAAACUCUAGUUGUCUGCGCCUCUCUAGCGAUUCGAAAUCGAUUUAUGGUGCAUUGCCAAUAGGAAGACAAUUUUCAAAGGUAGAAAAUAGAUGAUUCACUGAAAAAAUGGUAUUCAAAAUACAAUGUUGACUCGCUAGGCUCAUUUCAAAAUACGAACAUUUGAAAAAAUGAUAAUUAGUAAAAACCUAUUAUAAAAAUCCUUGAUUUUGAAGAGUUUACAAGUGUGCUCAUGAGUAUUUAUAGUUAUUUGACUUGAAAAACAAACUUGGAUCCAACAAAAAUAGAUAAACAAAGAUAAACCAUUGAAACUGAAUAUUUUUUCUAACGUAUCAACAUCAAAGUACAGAAUCGCUCACUCAAACUUUUCUAGUUAUACCACAUCAAAUGUUCUCAAAACAUGUCUAUUUCGGAUCAGCUCUAAUUUUCUAUUGAAAUGAGCAUAAAAAACACAUUUUCCCAUUUCUGGCAAUGAUCCAAGUUGAUUACGAAAUAAUUUUGGAAUUUAGCCAAUUAUUUUUUGGCAACAACCCAACAUUUUCUUUCUAUUGAAACUCUGCCAAUUUAUCGGCAUCUGGCACGCUUCCCAGUUUUGUAUAGCGCUCUCGCAACACAAAAAGACAUUGGCGGUUUUCCAGCUAUUGGCCCAUUGCCAACGGCAAACUCUAGAUGUCUGCUUCUCUCAACCGAUUCGAAAUCGAUUUUUGGUGCAUUGCCAAUAGGAAGACAUUGUUCAAAGGUAGAAAAUAGAUGAUCUACUGAAAUAAUGGUAUUCAAUACUGCGAAUAUGGAAUUCAAAAUAUAAUGUUGACUCGCUAGGCUCAUUUCAAAAUACACACAUUCGAAAAAAUAAUUCGUAAUGACCUAUUAUGAAAAUUCUUGAUUUUGAAGAACUUGCAAGUAUUGUCAGCUUAUGAGUAUAUAGUUCCGUGACUUAAAAAACAAACUUCGAUCCAACAAAAUUAGAUAAACAAAGAUAAACCAUUGAAACUGAACAUUUGUCUAACUUUUCAGCAUCAAAGCACAGAAUCGUUCACUUAAACUUUUCUAAUUAUACCACGUCAAAUGUUCUCAAAACAUGUCUAUUUCGGAUCAGCUCUGAUUUUCUAUUGAAAUGAGCGUAAAAAUCACAUUUUCCCGUUUCUGGCAAUGAUCCAAGUUGAUUACGAAAUAAUUUUGGAAUUUAGCCAAUUAUUUUUUGGCAACAACCCAACAUUUUCCUUCUAUUGAAACUCUGCCAAUCUAUCGGCAUCUGGCACGUUUCCCAGUUUUGUAUCGCGCUCUCUCAACACAAAAAGACAUUGGCGGUUUGCCAGCUAUUGGGCCAUUGCCAACAGCAUACUCUAGACGCCUGCUUCCCUCAAACGAUUCGAAAUCAAUUUUUGGCGUAGUGCCAAUAGGAAGAUUUUUCCCUCAAAUACCAAAAAAAAAAAAGUUGAUGAUCUACUGUAAACGUGGUUUUCAAAAUUCAAUAUAGAAUGUAGCUAAUUUCAAACUACACUCAAUAAAAACAUAUAUUUUUGCCAAACAAUCUAAAAAAUUCUUGAUUUUCAGAGUUGA